GCAAAGUUUUCCAAUUGAAGGCAAUUUAGGGAAAGGUUCCAAGGUACCCCUUUCCCUCUUCAUAGAUUGGCGUGGUUGUGGUUUCAAUGAUUCAAAAUUGUAGAUUUGGUUAUUUUAAUUGGUCUAAGGGCAAAGUUUCUGGCCUAUACUACAUGACAUGGGAACCAGAGGAGUAAUUGGGGACAGGUGGUCCAUGAGAAUUCUUUGGGCUUGUGCUUUUGGAAGUGCCGUCAGCCUGUAUAUGGUUGCUGUAGAAAGGCAAAAACAGAACAGGGAGAGGAUGCUGGCUGAAGAAUUGAGGGCAAUGGAGUUAGGGGAAAACAAUGGUGAAGAUGGCUGAACUGUGUUACACUAUGAUUAUUUGAAAAAUAUUAGUAUCAUAUUGCAGAUGCAGAAUUUCAGAUUUCUGAAAGGUGUUUCUCCUUAUGAUGUAAAAGGUUUCUGCAUUCAUCCUCUGCCCAUUUGCUUAUGGUAUAAUUUCUUUAAGGAUUGAGCAUUUUCCGGUGGGAAAUAUUCAAGUAGAUUUUCAUUUCAA